GAUAUAUAAAAAGGGCUCCAAGGGAGAAAGAGCGGCCACUCGAGCAUCCGUCCUGUUCAUUUGAAGGGUGUUCAUGCAAAGGCCCAUGCGUGUCGCAGAGGAGCAAAGGACUAUACUUUGACACGUCUUCUUUUGAACAAAUCAAAGGUUUGAGGGGAUGAGGGGAUGUUAGAGAGUAGCCAAAGCCUGAGUUUGACGUUUCGUUUUUUUUCUUUGGGUCCUUCCAUCUGAGUACUUUUUAUCUCGAGAGGUGAGAGAAAGUUAAACGGGAGAACUGCCUGCGAUUUAGUUUUCAUUUCAUGCAGAAUGGAAGUGGGUAUAGACAACUGGACUUACGUGGAUGAACACUUUGACCUCGAGGACCAUAUUGAUGGUUCCCGUGUCCUCAUGGCAAUUCUUUACCUUGCGGUGUGCAUCGUGGGACUCGCUGGGAACUCGCUGGUCAUAGUCGCCAUUUUGAAACUGGACAAAAUGUCAUCGGCCACCACGGUGUACAUCUUUAACCUGGCGCUAGCCGACGGCCUCUUCAUGGUCGGGCUCCCGUUCAUCGCGAGCCAGAACGUUCUGAGCCGCUGGUUGUUUGGCAGCGCGGCGUGUAAAGCGGUCAUGGUGCUGGACGGCAUCAACCAGUUCACCAGCGUCUUCUGUCUGACGGCGAUGAGCGUCGACCGCUACAUGGCGCUUGCCGACCCGCUGAGGUUCGCCUCCUGGAGGACGCCGCGCUGCGCCAAGAUCGUUUCGGCCUUCCUGUGGCUUUUCUCCCUCGUCACCAUCCUCCCCAUGGCGCUUCACUUCUCCGCGGACCGAGGCCUGUGCAUUCCGGAUCUCGUUUCCAACAUGUGGUGGCUGGGCGUCCUGUCUUACACCUUCAUCUUGGGCUUUGCGUUGCCGUUCACCAUCAUGACGGCAUCGUACACGGCUUUGCUGCUCACCCUGAGGUCGCAGCGACUCCAGGCUACCGUGUCCGACCUUGAGAACCACCGGCCGGAGCGUCAGGUCACCAAAAUGGUGGUCGCCGUGGUGGUUGUGUUCGGUAUGUGCUGGCUGCCGUUUUAUACCGUCAACUUUUGCUCCACCUAUCAAAGCAACCUUACUUUUGCCCGGGUCUUUGAGUUCUUGGUCUUGCUGUCGUACUCGUGGAGCUGCGCCAACCCCAUCCUCUACACCUGCUUCUCGGGCACCUUCAGGAGGCACUUCCGGGUCCUCCUGUGCUCAGCCGCUAAGUCUUCUCCCAGCAUGCAAUGCACCACCGAGCGAUAUGACCUAAAUGUCACAGGAGUGCAGGAUGUCACCAUUCUAGCAUAGAGAGACAAUGUCAAAACUAUUUCAUUUCUUGUAUUGCACAAUUGUACACACAUUUGGGAAGAAGUAAACACAUUUAGAUUUGCCUCCAAGAAUGAAGAUGCGCAUUGUUUAUUUUAUUCGCAUGCAAUCUCAUCUGCUCGCGUUUAUUAUGUCAACAGAGAUUUGGGGAUUUUAGAGGUUGUCUCAAGCAGCAAAUUAAUCUGCAGGAUGUAGGUUUAAUUAAUGUUUGUUUUACAUUAGAUUUUAAUUCAUGUACAG